GAAGCCAUUGCUCUCUGUUCCGAUGAAGACUUUGCAAGAGGAUAUCAGAAGCUGGGCAUGAAUGUGACCAAGAACGAGAAGGAUUGGCAGGAGGCCAUCGACUUCUUUGCGGAGGCCCGUACCGGCAGCGUCAACUUGAGCUCAAUGUCGUCGCUGCAAGGUGUUGAUGCAAAAGAGCUGGAAAGAGUACAACAGUUCGUUGAAGGACGGAACCGGUGGCCAGAAGAGCCAGCCGACUUCAAGC